AGUGAGCUCUGGGGUCCAGCAGAGCAACAAGUACCCAGUACCGAAGUACCCAGUUCCAGUAACCAGUGCCACCAAGUGCCAGAGCCAGCCCGCGUCGCGCUUCGUCUCCCACCUGAAAACCCGAAAAACACGGAAAGAAACGAGCUCGGAUUCUAGCUAGAUCAGCCAGCAGCACGCCAGUUGGCAACCGCCCAACCACUCCAAUUUGAAUGCUGGACGGGGAGCUCCUCAAGACUCCGGCGUAGAUCGCACAAACUAUUCCAAAAAGACCACCAAUUCAGAAGCGUUUGAAAAAUGUAACGACAAUUUAAACGAUAAAAAAAACACAAAAAUAAAAACAAAAAAACAACCGAAAGGCGGAAAAAUAUUCAAUAGAACCCACAGAGAAUCCACUUCAGCGAGAUCAGCAUGUCUUCCGCCCUAUGUCGUGUGUGAGGGAAAACUCGCCGCCGCUGGAACCCGACCUGGAUGCCAGUGGAUGCCAGGGGCCAUUGUCGUUGCCCUCGGAGGGCGGAAGGUCGCAUGGCGGUGCUGUAACCUCCACUCCCAUCUCCAGUCCAGGAAACGAUGCCCACCAGUCCACCCCAACAGCCGACCAAAAUCAGCAGCAGCAGCAGCAGAAACGGCGCCGUUUCCAUCCACUCCGUAAUCUCCGCCGCAUCUUCCGCCGCCGCACCAUCAACACAUCCGCAGACAGUCCGUCCCCCGGCAUUGGCAUAGGACCCGGAUCCUGCAAUACCCUACCGCCACCGGCCAGUAGCAGCAGUGAGAAGAACCUGCGAGCUUCGGCUGCACCAGGAUCCCCCCUGAAUCUCCAGCAGCUGCCAGAGCAGAGCUACCAGACACAGUCGCUGCCCAAGUCGAAGUCCUACGGCUCCCAUCGCGAUGAGUUGCUGAGCGUGCUUCUGGGCAAGAAGCGGAGCGGCAAGCAGGCGCCAGCACAGCACAGCCUGGACCAGAAUCCAGGCCAGUUUCAGUCCCCAGUCCAAGCCCAGCAGGAAGCCAUGUCCCAGCGUGGAGUGGCCGUCUUUCCCGUCGACUCCCUCGGCAUGAGCAGGAGCAGCUACUUUGCAGAGCAGCGCAUACAGCAGCGCCUUCUCCGCAGCGUAGGUGACUCCUCGCAGGAGCUGGAGGGUGGAUCCAUAUCUGUUUCCGGAUCGGGAUCGGGUUCGGGGGCCGGUGGAGCUGCCGAUAUCUCCGACAGCCAGCGGAGUCUCAGCGAGGGUCGCCUUCUAGAUGUGGACGGGGAUUACUCUCGGGAGACUCUGUCGCAGUCCCACGACAGUGUCUUCUCCGAGUCAGCAACGGCCAGCAGUCUAUCGAUAGUACUGAAGGCGGAACUCACGGAUGUGCUGCGUAAGAGACGCAACCGACCCGAUGCCUCUGACGAGGAUCUGGGCCUGCCCCGCAGUCCGGCCUCGCCGCAGAGACGGGCGGCCGGUGGCAACAGCAGCCGGCUUGCCCACGGAGGUGGUCACCAAAGCCACCAUCAGUCGCGUGGUGGUGCCCAUGGAGCACAUAGCCAGAGCGAGGUGACAUCCCUCAGCCUGCUGAGUGUCAACAGUGCUGAGGGGGACACGGAGGACAGCCACCGGCACCACUUACGGGUCUCCACCAGUUCGUCCAUCUCGAUGGGCUCGGACAUACUUCGAUCCCAUCAAGAGGACGAUGUGGAUGCCGUGGGCAGGGAACAGCACCGGCUGUCACAUGCAGCGGCCAGGCACAAAAUGGCCAUCAGGCCAGCCAAGAAGAAGGUUCCCACAAGACAGCACCGCAUGACUCUGGAGACCUCCAUCCCAGAGGCCAACGAGGAUGUACUGAAGAUGAGUCCUGGACUGAGAGCUGUGCAUGAUGCUGAGCUCAAGAGCAAGACGCGCUCACUGCCUCCGAAGACCCUGACUGCCAUGGCGCCUCAGGCACAGGCGAUCCCCGCCAGCUUGGUGACCACCAAGCGGACCAAGACGAUCGAGCAGAGCUCUAUCAGCAGCACAGUGACCACAAGCUCAUCCUCCUAUGGACUGAGAGCCUUGACCACCAAGCCCAACGCCGUGUUGGAGACUCGUGGUGAGUCCUCCACGGAUUGCGAUGACUUCCUGGCGAACGAGCGAGAGCGGGAGAGCGAAAGCGGAUUCUUGCGUCGCUUAAUGCACAGGAACUCGAAGAGAUCUAUUGCCAGAGCUAACGACGGAGUGGAGGACACAGACUCCAGCCAGAGCGUGGCCAAGAAGCUGCAGAUCUCGACCUCCUGCUUGGAGGCAGCUGCUCGGGAGCCCGUCUCCUUGCCGGAUAAGGCGCGCAGUGCCACCUCCCAUGAGCAAAACAUUCUGGAGACGCGGCAGAUCAUCAAGCGGGAGAUCCACAACGAGGGCAAACAUGGCCUCAACGCCAUAGUCAGCAACUACGGCGUCCAUCCGCAUCCGCCGACGCCCCUAAAGCCAAAAUCUGGUCCGGCAGCCAGGCAGCGUUAUCUGCCCAAGGAGCUGGGAGCCGUCCCUAGUUUGCAGGAGAAGACCCCACUCAGUAACGAUGUGACCAAUCUACUCUCGAAGAGCUCACGCGGAAACGACACCUUCCAGUCCACGACCUUGGUGCGGGAGCAGCAGACCAAGGUGGAAACCUCUACCCACUUCGAGCGAAAGCCCCGGAUAGUGGGCCUGAGUGCCUUCCAGCAGAAGCUGUCGCGCUCCACCGACUCAGUGGGCCAGCACUCCAGCUCCUCCAAUUCGUUGGAGACCAGCACGGACGAACCCUCGCCCCUGUACUACGAGGAGAAGCAGCGCAAAACAGUGGAGAAGGCGCGUAGCUUCCGCAACUACCAGGAGGAGGGUGUGGAGUCACCUUCCGUGCACAACAACAUGCCCAGUCUGCCGGAUCUCUCGCUAAGUUUCCGAGUACCGGCCUACUACAAGCAGACGCCGCAGUCCCCCAUCUGCUCUCCGAUCUCGCCGAGCGCCAAGUGCGUCUCCCUGGGCUUCGAGAUCAAUGACAACAAGUUGCUACAAGCGCGUGCCGAGUCCACGGGUCAGCUGCCAUCACCGGGAGCCAAGAGCUCGCCCCAAAGGGCCGUCUCAACCACCAAGCUAUUGGUGGGCAGUCCGGGACCCACGAAUAUCUCACAGAUAGAGCAGAACAUUGACUUAAUUGUAAAGUCACCGCUGGUUAGUGUUCUCAGGAAGUCGGGCAACGUGACGCAGCCGGAGAAGCAGCCAGAAAAGUUGCCGGAGAAGCCUCACCAGGAGGCGGCACCCUCCCCCAAGCAACGUCCGAAGCUGUUGGAUUUGGGAACUAAGAUAGCCGUUCCCCUUGCAGCCAGUCCGAGUCCUGCCAGCCCACUAACUAAGACCGCCAAGCUCUCCAACAGCCCACCAACCACGCCAGCCAAGCCACAGAGCUCCAGCUCCAGCAGUCGUCGUAACUCCAGCAACGUGGAGGCCACUGGAGAGCCGGAGUUCAUGAAGAUCCAGCUGAAUCGCGUAGAUCAGGCCCGCCUGCACAACAAGGCAAAUCACUUGGUGCUAGCAAAGAACCUGAAGUCGUCGUCCACAGAACGCAGUCAGAGCAGCGAUGACCUCAGCUUCAGGCGAAGCAGCGGAGAGAGUCUUUCUGGUAUCGAGAUCGUAGAGCAGCAAGUGCAGAAGGUAGCAACUCCGGUGGUCAGGCAAGGUCUGGAACCCAGCCUUAGCCGGCAGCUGCGAUCCGUGAGUGCCAAUAGUGUGAGGUCGAGUUACGGAAGCAGCAAUGAGGGAUUGUCCGUCCCGAACACUCCCGCGACCACACCCAGUACACCGAAGAGUAAUGGAGUGGCGGCCAAGGGUCCUCCCAGGGAGGUCAAGAGUGCCAAGGAUGUCAAGGAUGCGAAGGAUGCCAAUGAGCAGGCAGGCAGCCCCAAAGAGGUGGUGAAGAGCAAUCGUUUGUCGCUGGAAGAUCGCAAAAGGUUGUUCCUCAGUGAGGAGAGACCAAAGGUGCUGGUGGAGCAGCGCAGAAAGUCGAUCGGCAAGGCGGAGAUCAUAGCCACCAGUGCACCGCCGACGCCUUCAGUGAUACCUGCCACACCUGCCAUUCCCAUUACCCCUGUUACGCCCACUUCGCCCGAAAUUAACGAAGUCAAUGGCAACGGUUCACCCACAUCCACCUCCAAUCCCGUGGUGCUGCGCAAGAAGUCCUUCGCCAGCUGCAAUGGCAACACAGCCACGCCCUCUAAGGACGAUCCCACGCCCGAGCUGAUGAAGGUCUUCGCCCGCCGCUCUCUCAAGGUGAAGGACGAUGAGGUGGUGACACUAGCUCAGGCACAAACGGCCAUUCAGGUCACCACAGCCGCGACCGGAGCCGCCAAAAAGCUGCCGCCCAGCGGUAGUGGAGCUGGAAAUCAGAGCGUGGACAGCGACAAGGAGAACCAGUCCAAUAGCGAGGAGAAGCUGGAUAAGCUGGCGCCCAAGUACGAGGCGCAGGUGAGCACAGGGGAGACCGGAAAGACGACUCAUCAUCAUCACCCCAGCAGCAAUCGCAACUCGGUGGCCGAUUUCCGAAAUCUCAACAACAAUAACAACAACAAUCAGCAGAAGACGACGCCAAAAGUGGUUAACUACCUGCCCCCCAUUAAGGUCAGCAACACGGGACGCAAUAGUCUCAACAAUAGCAACCAAAUCAACAAUAAUGGGAACGGAAACGGUAUCGUUACCAAGCCAGUGUCCGAGAGGUUCUCCCUACAGCUGAAGCAGUCUAACCCGCCAGUAACUACGCCAACAUCUCCAGUGGCAGGCCCAGUAGGAGCCACAGCAGCCGCUGCACAGGGAACUCCUGCAGUGCCCAGUAAACCCAUCGAGAGAUCCGCCACCGUGGGCGAAUUCAAGGGCAUCCACCAGAGACGGGCCGAGUGGGAGCAGCGGGCCAAGGAAGCGCUGAAGUAGACGGAGGAGCCAGACACCUCGCGACUGUACCUAGCUUAGCUGCAAUCCAAGUGCUUUUGUCUAGUGAUGAUGCACUCCCCACGCCACGGCGGACCAUGAGGAUCGGGAUCUGGAUCGGGAGGCACCAAAAUUUCUAUGUUAAUAAUGCAAAUAAUCAUAAUUAUCACAUUAAUAGCCCAACUAAGCUGUAAGCCUGUUAAGGAUCGCGCGAAGGUUAUCAAAGUUGAGGGCACCCGACUGGCGAUCUGGUCAUCCAAAGAAAAUCGCGACCAUGCGAGUCGAGUCCGGCCUCCGGCAACACACUACAGGCAAUAACUAUAAAAAUCGAUCUUCAGAAAGUGAAUAGUUUAAAACCCUAUAUUUUAGUCCCUCUGCGUAUGGUUUUGCAAAAUUAAUUUCGAAUUCGAGAUAUUUAUGUAAACUCUAAACUUAAAAAGCCGUAAGGACUGUGAGUAUAUAUAUAUAUAACGAGAUUUGCGAGGAGAGCCUGAUAUUCGAAACAUCUGAUUUACGUUAAGUUUAUAUUUCAAGAAAGCUUUGAAUCGAUAGAGAAAAAUUAUUUUACUAUCUAGGUUAUCUAUAAUAAAUUUCUAGCGUCGAUAUAUUAUAUAUUAAUUCAGCGACCUUGUUAUGCUACAUCCUUGAUGGUCCUGCCAAGAUAACCCGAGGAAAUGAACCACAGGCGCUUAUUCAUCAGUGUGAAAACCUUAAGCAUUGUAACAAGUUUGUAAAUGUACAUACAAAAUAAAAUCGAACUAAUAAAUAUCCAAGUAUAUGCAA